AUGGACAUCAAUGCCAGGGUGAACUUGAGGAAUACUGUUACCACGUCGUAUGUCUCUCGCGAAUGCAGAGUUGAUCUUCGAUAUCUGGCCCAUAAAUGGAUAAGAAGAGCACAAGUCAUCGGUAACGGUUACUGCCAGGCGCAGAUUUCCUUCGACAUCCGUCAGCUGCCUAACCUUGGACGAGACUUCUUACAGAGCAAGGCAUCCUCUCGUCAUCCAGACCAUCAUGAUUCACAGUUUUCUCAAAGCCGCAAAGGUGAAUUCAAGAUUUUUUCGCUUCCUGAACCCGACAGCAAGAAAUGCGAAGCGUUGGAUGGACGAAAUGAAACAGACGCCCUCUUCGCGACGUCUCUUAAUGUCGGGAAGCUCAUACACUGUUUACAGAGGAAAUACGCAAGAAGGCGAUGGACAUUGGAAAUGAUUGACAAUGAUAUCAAAGCGUUGGCCCCAGUUUCCGAUGAGAACGACCCUGGUGAUCCUCUUCCAGACGACGACGUCAGGACCUACGUACAGAUCGGCGACUCGACCACAUCACAGGUUUUCCCCAUCGAUCCGCCGACCGAUUUCAUCUUUUCAAUGGCAAAUGCGGCGGGCGAAGAGAGGAGCAAGCAACAACUGAAGUAUUCACAAGAGCUUGUGGGUUCUGUCUUUGAGCGCACGUCUGAAGAGAUCAAGGACACGUUCAUGAGCCUUCAACGAAUGAGUAAACCACAGUUGUUCCCCAACACCCAUCGCAAGUUCCACAUGUCUACAUUCUCUAUGCAGUUGUGCGUAGCUCGUGACAUUGAAGAGGGAGAAGAAAUUGUCACUACUUCCACCGACAUUCUCCAGCCAACUGUGGAGUGUGCGAAAGAUCUUGCGUCGUAUGGUAUCCAAUGCACCUGCCGUGCUUGUCUUGAGCCCGCCAAGAGCGACCCUAUAUGUGCCCUCGUACCUAACCGCUCCGAGUCAUCGCCAUCCUUGAUCCCUUCGGAGGCCGAGGUAUAG